CCGCCCCCUCCGCCUUGUCAUUGAUGUUGUUGUUUUUGUCGCAGGAGCCGGAGGCGAGGCCGGGGCCGCCGCUGCCGCCUGUGGCCGCCGCCGCAGCAGCGGGGCUCGGGCCGGCGUCAGGCAUGUCGGUGUGCGGGGAGACGGUGGGCGCCGGCUCCCUGCCCAGCGAACUGGUGGUCCACAUCUUCUCCUUCCUGGCGGGCCCCGACCGGCUGCGGGCCUCGGCCGCCUGCUCGCACUGGCGGGAGUGCCUCUUCUACCCGGCCCUCUGGCCGCGCCUCCGCCUCAGCCUCCGCGUCUCGCCGUCCGAGCGCCCGCGCCUCGAGUUCCUGAUGCGCAAGUGCGGCUGGUUCGUCCGUGAGCUCCGCGUACAGUUCGCCGCCGACAACUACCCCAGCGGCGGCGGCGGGGCGGCGGUGGCGGGCGAGGGCGCCGCGGCGGCGGGCGAGGGGGAGGCGCCGCCGCUCUGCCCGCGCUGGCUCGACCUGCUGAGGACCUACCUGGAGCUGGUGCUCUGCGUCCUGAGCAGCGUCCGCAACAACAGGAACCUCCAGAAACUAAGUCUCUUUGGGGAUAUAAGCAUUCUGCAGCAACAUGGAAGUAUAUCGAAUACAUACCUCGGGAAGGUUGACCCUGAUGGCAAGAAGAUUAAGCAAAUCCAACAGCUGUUUGAGGAGAUAUUAGGCAACAGCAGGCAAUUGAAAUGGCUGUCUUGUGGGUUUAUGCUGCAAAUAGUAACUCCCACAUCAUUGUCAUCCUUAUCAAACCCCAUAGCCAACACCAUGGAACAUCUGAGCUUACUGGACAACCACAUCCCUGGUAACACCACUCUUAUCACUGCGGUCGAAUUGGAGCGCUUUGUGAAUCUGCGUUCACUUGCUUUGGAUUUCUGCGAUUUUACAGCUGAAAUGGCAAAAGUCCUGGCUGACAGCAACCAUGUGCCUUUGCAUCGACUGUCUCUCCUGGUCCACAGUGUUUCCAUAAUGCACAAGUCAUUGGACAGUAUGCCAGAAGAUGAGAAUUGGAAGGCUCUGACUCGCAACAGCACUAAUCUUCGGGUCUAUAUAAUGGCUUUUGAUGUCAAGAGUGAUGAUAUGCUAAGGAUUCUUAAGCCCAGUAUCCCCCUAGAGAGGAUUCACUUCGACAGCUACAUCACUUGUGUUUCAGGGGCUGUUGUUGAUCUCAUAUCCAGGCAGUAUGACAAAUUCCUCACUCACUUCAUACUUAUGAAUGAUGUGAUAGAUAUGUCUGGCUUCCCAGAUCUUAGCGACAACCGGAAUGAAGAUCCACUUGUCUUACUAGCCUGGAGGUGCACAAGACUGUCUCUCCUAGCUGUUCAUGGUUACACAGUUUGGGCUCACAAUCUUAUUGCAAUUGCUCGUCUUCGUGGCUCUGACCUGAAAGUUCUGGAAGUCACAGAAGAAAGCAUUGAUUUUGACCAAGGAGAAUUGGCUGAUCAGGAUGUGGAUCCAGUACACAAUCUCAUUGAGCAAGUAUCUCUCGGAUUGGGUCGACCUUGGCAUGCAGUCAUGGACAUAGAGCUGCUCAGUGUCUUCACUGAGCCAACCCGUCACUUUUACAGAGAGAUGCAAAGCUUCAGUGAAGGCAUUUAGCUCCUUAUUUACAAUUCCUGUGGUUACAUAUGCAAGUAGGGUCCUAUUAUGUUUUUUUCAGUAGCGUGAAUUAACUCCUUUUGUGCUGUGUUUAAUCAGUAUUAGCUAUAUAGAAUUAUAUAUGUGUAUUCUACUUCUUGAUCAAAGAACGUAGUCGGGUAUUGGUUUAGAAGCUGAAAGUGGCAGUGUUCAGGGUUUUCACGGUUAAUGGACUUGUCUACCAAACCUUACAGAGGUACAGCCAAAGGCUGUCUGAGGUUGCCGGCUAACUUUACUUUUAUUAACUGCAUUUUGAAUGAUUUUACUAUUAUAUCGGAGUUCCGUGCUCAGGAGCCAACUCUUUUUAAUACCCAUAUCCAUAGCCCAGUGGAUUUCUGUGCUGUCAUUGUGCGCUUAAUCUGGUAGCAUGUUACUUAAUAGGCUUAAGGGAAGAGAAGUCUAUCCAGGGCUGUUCAUUGCAAGACUCUCACUUUGCUUUAUUCCACAUGCAGAGUCUGCAGCAUGACUUAGGACCACCCUCAGCUUUCCGUAGCUGUUAAGCAGCGAUGUGGAACACUUGUCAGGUAUCUAUACGCUUACAGAUUCACUCCAUAAGAUGUAAUCUUUUGGGUUCUUUGCAAACUCCUCCUCGUUUAUUCUCAUGUUCUGUCAUCUUCCUUAAAAGUUAGCUUUGGGCCAAAGGUUAAAAGAAAAAAAAACAAGGACGUGCACUCCGAUGAGGUAAAAACGUAACAGUGAAGACUUCAGUACAAAGGUAUACACCUGCAAACAAACAUUAGUCGUGAAAUCCCUAGCAACCAAGUCACUGGAUUUUCUCUGUCAGCGCCUGUGUCAGCUGCCAAAGAAUAGAUUAAAACGAAGAAGUGCCCACAUGCUGGCAGGGGCAGGCCAACUUUUGGCCAGCCAGAUACUGCUAGAUUGUAAUAUAUAAGGUCGAAUUUCGACCUGUGGUACACAGCUGUGCUGUGGCUCAGUCAGCAACCUCAGAACUCUUAACAAACAUGCACCUGUUUCACUGUGAAUAGUGAAUGUAAAGGAAGGAAAGGAAACAAAUACAAAGCUUGUUCUAUCACAGGUAUGAGCUGCUAUGAUGCAUGAAGAACAUUCCAUGAAGUAUGUUUUAAAAUCUUGUUAUAUCUGAGAGGCUUUAAAAGCCGAUUUAACUGUUUCAGGGCAACCGCGGUACAGACGUGGUCUCUGUGAGACUUCCACCUGACCCCAGUUUUAAGUGGUACGAAUGUUGUGCAUUUAAUGUUUAAAGGACAGUCUGCAAUAAUAAGUAAGUGGCCAACGUGGGUGCCCAGCAGUGCUGAGACCUGGCUGCUAUAUUGUAAGCUUUGGAAAACACAAUUUAUGCAACAGAUGUCCAGAUAUGAUUCUAUUUAUGGAAAAAGUUUAUAUGUGUUUUACAAAUGGUUUUACCAUCUUAUAUUAAAAUGACCUUUUGACAGGUGUGCGCUGUUUUGUCUCCAGUGAGCACAUACCAUGCGGAUUUUAUAUGUACAUCAGUAGAGUGAAUCCACUGGCACAGUGUGUGUAUAUGCCAGAUGUGGUGAGAUUUUAUCUUAUAAAUGUGAUCAGAUUUAAAAAAAAAUCCUGACAGAAAAUGUAAGGAAACCAGCUGAAUGUUUGAAUUGAUGACUGAUGUUGUAUGGUUUAUGUUAAAUGUAUAUUCUUUUAAUCAAUGAAUAAAGCAUUAAAAAUUGAUCGCUGUAUAAAAUACUUUAUUGUAUCAGCAUGAAGAUUUUUAGAAUUAAAAUGCAACAUCGUUCAUAAGAUGUGUAUAACUGGUAGCUCCCAUUGUGUCUAGGUCAACAAGAGUCUAAAAUAAGUCAUAGUAAUUUUUUUCAUUUGGCUGAAUUUUGUCAACACUUCUGUGGGGGUGGAAGAAGGGGAAGGAUGCUUUGCUACAGACCAGACUCUCAGGCCAGUUAACACAAACAGUAUAUCAUGAUAUGACUUACUAGACUGAUGCAGUAAACUGUGGAUUGUAGAAUAUAGAAGACUAUUUUUGAGAAAUUCCUGCAUCUGUUGCAAUUGCUUCAAUUGAAAUCUAAUGUGCUCAAGAAAAAUGUGUAGUACUUCUUUGGUGUCCCACUAUUAAAUAGAUUAUGAAUACCUGCAAUGCUUCAGUUUGACAUUUUAUCCAUACUCAGGGUACGUAGCUGUGCAUUCUGAAUGAAAACUGCAAAUGUCUGGCAAGCCACCGAAGAGUUGUUGUGCCCUGCAGUGGCUGAUUGUGCUGUGAGAAUUGUUGGAGUGGCUGUUCAGUGUGUGCGAGCCAAGCACAGAUUUUAUUUGAGCUUCUGAACUUUAU